AUGCAGAUCACACUCCAACCUCCAGGCGUCCAAACAUCAAGCGACAGAGUAAUCGGAGAUGAGGCUCGAUCUUUCUAUUCUACUCUGUACCGCAUUGUUGAAGACACCAGCCAGCAUCAGACACAACAAUACGUACCGUUUUGUCCGUACGCUAAGGCCGACAUGGAGCACAAAACCCAAAACGGCCGAUAUUCAGAUUUCAAGCAACCGGAUGCUUGCAUCCAAUAUGGUAGAGACGGUAGGUACCACCAAUCAUCUCAAGGACAGACGAAGAAGACGGAGAAGAAACAACAUUUCACCACCACGCUCACCAACCGUGAUUAUAGUCGACAAUAUCGAGAGCGCAAACGAAAAUACCAAGAACAGCUCGAGAAUUCGAAUCGACAAUUGAGUGCAGAAAUUAUUCAACUCAAGCACUACCGUGAUCGAUACAUACUCUGGCCACCUCGAACUUUAACGGUCUGGGUCGUUGUUGCCGAGUACUUCCGUACCUUUCAGUGUGGUAUCAUCGAUAGUGAUGUUAUCAAUUCGAAGGACCUGAGCUUUCUAUAUGCAACGAUGGCUCCUGAUGUUUUGAGUAACACCUCAAGCGGCGUUGAUACACUGGUGACGAACUGGUAUCUCUUCACGCAGUGGUUUCCAGCUGUAAGGAUGGAGUUAAAGCAGGUGAAGAGGACUGCGGAGCGCUCGUUCAUCGCCUUUUCCACCACCAGCUUCACGAUUUCAGCACUGACAAUGCAGAUUGUGUUUCCGCAUCUCUUUUCUGCUAGAGAAGGAAGUCGAUCCGCCCAAAUUGCUGCGCAAUUAAGAGACCAACAUUUCGUUUUCCCGAGCUGA